AUGGCGCGACCCAAGAGGAAGCGCAACUCAUUGAGAACCAACACAAACAAACGUUCACGAUACGUCGAUUCGAGCCAAAGCGACACUUUAUGGGCAGCGGAGUCAAUUCUCGACGAACAAGUAGUCCGUGGUGUACGCAAAUACUACAUCCAAUGGCAAGGGAUUGACCCCAAGACUGGAAAGACGUGGGAACCGACUUGGGAGCCGGAAGAGAACGCCAACGACUUGCUCGUCGUCCACUGGGCACAGAAGAAGGCGCGUAUCUUGGCAGAAGACCACGAGCGAUAUCAAGGAAGCGACAGUGGACACCCUGAGCAACGACAGGAAGCCCAGGCACAGGCAUCGAAGCGCAUCCGCAAUCCCCGUGUGAUUGACAGCAGCCCGGAGCCCAGCACUGCAUCAUCUACGCCUUCGACACCUCUUGACAAUCGAGCCGACUCGGAAGGACUGCCCAGUGCCGCAGUGUCGGCUCCUCGUGCUUCGCCUCGCAUCCAAAUCGCUCGACGGGGUGACAGUCUCGAGAGGAGCAACUACGUGCGCUUCACGCAGACACCAUCGUCUCAGCCAGCUCCGACACCAGAGGCUACGCAGGACACCAAUCUAGACAGCUCGCAGUUGUUCGCGGCACGCCCACGACCUCAUCUGUCAGACAUAGUCCCCGACUCGCAGAGUUCCAGCGGUGAAGGGAGCUUCGUACCCACAACUCAACGCACCGAGGACGUUAGCCAGCAGAGUACCGAUACGAACGGAUCGCAAGUGGAGGAAGAUCUUGCGGAAGACUCGGGCCUACUUGAACUCAUUGAAGAAGCCGCACAGCACGCUUUGUCACCCGCACGAUCGAUACCUGAGACGAUACCCGAUACCACCGUAGCAGACUCGCAGUCUCAGCAGCAGAGACCCGAGGCAGAGUCGCAAGGUGUUCCGAACACACUCGAAUUCAUACAUAUUUCCUCACAGGUGGAACACGAGUCGAGCCCAGAACCGGAGGAUACUCUGCAAAUUCAAUACAGCGAAACCGAUCAGGGUGUUGCAGAGGAAGAGCAUCAGAGAGCAGAAACCAACGAGCUUGGGGCGCCCCAGGCUGAUCACGCCGCUUCGCAGACUCACUCAGCACGAAUCGCACGCGAGACUACCCCCAGCAAGGAGACCGGUACACUGGGCGAACAUCCUCGUUUGGAAUCAGCGGCUACGGACAUUACAAGGAACGCUUCGACUGAGGUGGUCGACACAAACGAAGUCCCGACCUCUCUCAAUAAACCAUCUACACUAGUCGAGAACAGCCAAUCUCAUCACACCGAAAGGCCCAACGUAGCUAGCGAUACUCAAGUCUCCGACGGUGAUAACGAGCCGUCGCAACAUCACGAAUUCCAGCAAAUCAGCGUUUGCGACAGUCAACCAAGUCUAAUUGAGCAUUCGGUAUUGGAAGACAACGAACAGUUCCCUUUCCAGUCGCAAUAUCCGUUUCGGUAUUCUCAGCCUUCAGAAUCAGUAUCUUGCAUCAAGUCCUCAGAACAGCUCCCACAAGCUUGCGCGACACCGGCCCUCCCAGGACGAGUGCUUGCUGGGGUAAGUGUGCCAAGCGAAUCCAAUCCGGCGCCAGCGACCGACCCACCUCACCCAUCAGUCCAAGCAUCCACUGCACCCCAUCACCAAGAUCACAACGACACGUUAGUGGAACUUCUCAAACCUGAAGCUGCUCACAGUGCCUCACCAUCAGGCCAGCUUCAAGAGGAGCUAUCUCUUCGCGAUCAACUACCGCACGCGUCAUCUAGUCCAGAGCGCGUACAGAACGCGCAAGUAGUACCUCUUGAGGCAGAUUUGAGCACGCAAGAAGACACAUCUGAGAGCAUACGAGAUACCAUCGAAGAAGAGGUGGCGCAUCGGGCUAGCUCUGAGUCUCGUCACGACUCGUCGCAGGAAUCCCCAGAACGCCCGUCAAGAUCGCUUAAUCACGAGACCUCGCCGGUUCCGUACCCACCCAGCUACUCGCUGCAAACACAAGGAUCUCGACUCCCAUCACGGCCUUGUACGCCUGUUCCUACCUCAUCACUCUCCAUCAUGGCGGGCGAGGGUACCGGAGACAUCAUCAGACGGCAGAUGCAAGAAGCCAUAGACAAGCGCAUAGCAGAGUCGCGCCGUACUCCCAGAAGGCGUCCCAGGUCUUCGAUGACGCCCUCAGUAGUGGAAAAUGCACCCGCAGCUACGCCGACGCCAGUGAGCAGGCUACGGGGGACGCAAGAGCCGGCAGAAGGCACUCGAUCGCCCUCCGCCGUGCCGGACCGCUCACCUCUUGCGCAAGCGCCGACGUCGCUUAGGAAUGUCGCCUAUGCUCCCAGCAGCGUGCAGCCAGAAGCUCCUGCAUUAGAUAAGGCCAUGACUUCACCACCAAGCAAUCAUCCAGAACCUGCUAUCACUGAAGCAAUGAAGGCAUAUGGGCCUAUCAUACCGGUACCAAGAUCUCCCACAUCCGACGGGAUGGAGGUCAGCGACGCAGACGAUGAAGACAGCGAGAGCCUCUUCAAUGAUGAUCUACAGCUGGUAGACCAGGAGUUCAUCGUGCCUUUGUAUAUCCAGGGUCGACAAAGAGAUACGUACGCCCAGUACAUCACCGCGAAGAGGGAUCUGUUAGAGCCAUUCCUUAAGGAUCGUCACAGUCUCAACUCAGUCGAGGAGGUCAAGAACAUCCUAUCCCAGCUACGCGCUAUCGAGACGCACAUGGACUUGGUAUUCGCUGAGGCUGAAUCAAACACUUUAGAUAGCGAGGCUUCGGCAACGCAAGCAGAGCACGCAGCUAGAUUUGGCUUGGAAAACUCCACCAAAUUUAGAUUCCUGUCAGCGCUGUUCAAUGAAUUGCGGCAUUGCGAGCCGCAGAAACACGUUGUGUUGGUCACAGAGAGUGACAACGAGACACUCUUCCGCAUCCUUGAGACGUUCUGCAAGACAACCUACAUCAACUACACUAUGCCUGGUAAAGAUCGGAAGGCAAACCUGAAAGAGGUGGUAGGUAACUUGUUGGUUACCAUCAUCCCAAGCGAUGCAUCGCCCAUCAUACAUGUUCCCGACCUGAUCAUCUGUCUCGACGGUGUGCAAGAUGCAGCACAAAUUCGCAGAAAGAAUUGGGCCAAAUCACCUAAUUGCGAUGUGGUACCUGUGCUUCAUCUAGUCAUUCCAAGGACUGUCGGCCACAUUGAACGGUACAUAACGUCCAGCCUGGAUCCCAUUGAUCACAUGCACACUAUCCUAGCGAGCCUGGCGCAUGUUCAUCCAGAUGUUGGAAAAGCCAUCGAUGAACGCACACCACGAGACGUUGAGUGCGCCGAAUUGGUCUCCUACUGGAUCAAGAACAGGAUGGAAGGUGCUGAUUGGCCACUGUCUUCUAUCGGUAGUGUCAAGGACGUUAUAGAGUAUCAGACGCAACAGACGCAACAGGCCUCAACGGACGCCCCUAUACCUGAACGCAGCAAACGCCCUCUGGAUGAGGAAGAGCUCGACCCUGCAAAGCGUAUGCGGUUCACCCCCCAACCGCAGCCAGUACCUGCUUCUGCGGUUGAUAAAGAGCACAAUAUCACCCAUAUUAGCGAUUCGAUGCCUGGCACUGCAGCUUACGAUUCUGAUCUGCGGACACAGCUAGCCCAUGCGAAAGAAGGGCUUCGGGAAGAGCGAGAAGCCCGUAGGGCAGGUCAAAGGGACUUUGGCGAGCACAAGGAUAUGUGGGACAGGCAGCAGACAGUGCACGAGGAUCUGGCAAGUGAGCAUCGACGUGUGAAGAGAAGACUACAGGACGCAGAGGACAAAGUCGAGACGUUGACGAAGAACAACGCUACUCUCACCGAACGUCUCACAGCGCGUACCACAGAGAUGCGUGAGGUGAAGGCGGCCCUUAAGGAACAGCGGGAGACGGCCCUCCUUGGAGAUGAUGCACGACUCCAAGAAAUUGCCAAGCUUCGCAAUCAGCUCGACGAAGCGAACGAGAAGACGGAGCAAGCAGUGAAGAAAGCCGCAGCAGCAGAGCAGAUGUUGGAUUACAUGAGAGGAAGCUUGCAGGAUGCCCGAUCCACCGCAUCUACCGCUACUACCCGCGUUGAAGAACUGGAAGCCCAGCACGUCACACUCUCCAAGGCAGCUUCGGGUGACGCAACGAAGCGGAAGAGCAUGCAUAUUGAAAGAGUCUACGAUGAACAACAGCAGCGUAUGAAGAGGUUGGAAAUGGAGCUGAGCAUUAUGAAGCGUACGUUAAUGACGAAAGACGACGAGAUAGCUCGUCUGAAGAGUAUGGGAGGUAGGCCUGGUGUAGGCACCAGAGGAACGAGUGCAACGCCGCAGCCCAAGACCAGGAGCAGAGCUGCUAGUCCCACUUUCACUGGCGGGCGCAUUGCCAACUUAAGGAACAGCUAA